AUGAAUGGCCAGCCGUCUCCAUACAACAACAAGAAACGAUCAAUAGACGAUGUAAAUAAGCCAACAAAGCCCUGCCUUUGUGGCGACAGUCACUUCCAGGGUCAAUGCCCGUACAUCGAUACAGCACUCCAGCAACGAGGAUUCGUCGGAGACCCUGAAAAAGCCAAGAAGAUAGCUGAUUUCGAGGCUAGGGAUAGUCGUGGAGUAUUAAGUAAGAUUCGGGAAAAGAAUCGACGCUUUAAGAAGCAUAGGACCAGGGACGGCAGCAAGCAUGGUAAAGCGUCAGACUCCGAUUCGAUAGAAAUUGACGCAGGAGACCCACUAGCUGAUCAUUCCCCGCACGAAGCAUAUGCCAUCUUCUCUUCCGCGUUCAACAACCAGAGAGCGUCUCAACAACAUCCACUCAUCCACUCAUGGACAUUGGAUCCAGCCACCGAUAUUCAUAUCUGCAAUAACCCUGCAGAGUUUAACUGGAAAACUCCGGCAGCGGACAACGAUGUUGUUCUCGCAGGAGGAACUGAGCCGAAAAUCGAGGCAUAG